UCUGUAAGCCACCCUUUAGAGACAGAAGUCACCGGCCUAUAGUGACAAAGGAAGGAGCCAAACCCCAAAGAGUGGUUUUACAUGAAGUCAGCGAAAGAGUAAGAAUAGUCUAAAGCUUAAAGAUCUGAAAUCCCGACAAUAGAGUUUAUAACCGGAUUAGUAAAGAUGAAAGCAACCUUACGAGGAAUUUAUCGAAGUGGAAGAAUAGGUUAAGUAACUUAAAUUGCCCAACCCUUACUUCUGAUAUCCUUACCACUGCUGAAAGAAUGAAGGGCCAGAUCUUAGAAACAGUGAAGCAUCCUAAUAGGAAGUUCAUGCCUGAACUCCUCCCGUUAAACAAGAGAGGAAGAAGUGGCUCUGUUCUAGAGUUAGGUGAUCUAAAACAAUCUGAGACAAAAGAGCAUGCCUCAAUAGCUCUAAAUUUACGACAGAAGAAGAAUGAAAUGAGCCAAGCUAUCCAGCAAGAAAAAAUAAAACGGCUGCACGAAGACUAUUUUAUUUCUCUUGUAGAAUGUGGGGUUAAUAUCCCAAAAGAGAAAAUUGAAUUAUUCAAGACUUUGUUUCUUAAGCACUACAAGACUCAAUUGAUAUUUCAAAACCUCCAGGAUCCAAAGGAACAAGUUGAAAAAGAUCACCAGAAUUUGACUAAAUUCUGCACAAAAGAUGGCAAAAAGUUCAUGGAGCCAGAGGAAUUCGAUCAGUAUCUCAAGAACAUUAAAAUGCAAAGAUUAAUGAAUAAGAACGAACAGGUUGUUGUAAACCUGGUGAAAUCAUGCCAAUCAAAUUAUAAUUUCUCAAAUAAUUUGUUCAACGAAGAUAGAGAGUACCUUGAACAACUUGCCAAAGAUAUUGCCCGUAAGCUCCGCAUGCACUUCAAUGCAGGACAAAAAGAGGAGUACGAGAAGCAGAUCAGAAUCAGAAAAAUGUACUUGGCUAGAAAGCUCUUGAACAAAAAUGAUGAAAAGAAGAAAGAAAGUGAUAGCUCUUCAGACUUCUCCCUCACUACAGAAACUGAAGAGGAACUUCCGAUUAUCAAGGUUCUUAACCAGGAUCUCAAGUCAUUAAAUCAAGGGAGUAAUAUUAAAAAUAGGAAGAGUCUCAGAAAUAUUACAACAAAGUCUGACAAUAACUCUCCAAUUUUAAAGUCGCUGUCUACAAUUAAUUUUGGAGGUUCUCCUAUGCUUAAAAGCCCAUCAAGGAUGAAGUUUUCCAAACUAGGAAGUGGAGGAACUACAGCGAGACCUAUCAAAAAAUUUAGAGAAUCAUUCACGAUUAAAGAAUCCACCUUUAAUAAAAUAAUGAGUAGAAAAAAUUCAAAUGAAGUUACUCCUGAAGGUAAUAAGAGGAAGAUAAAGCAACCUCCGACUCCUUCUGAUGCUUUCUUGGAGCCAAAGGAUAUGACUCUGGAGAACCUCCAGAAAUCAAUGGAUUUGCUGAAAUUCAGGAGAGAAUCUUCAAUGUCAAAGAAGAAGAGUAGCUAUAUCAAGGAUUAUAUAAAAUAGCCUCAAAAACCCCUCAAAGGAAGAGUCCCUCGAAAUGCUGGCCUUCCUUGAUAAAGUCCAAUCAGACCACAAAAUGAAGCAUCUACUCUCAUCGAAGAGCAUUGAGAAGUACACUAAAGUGUUCGAAAAGAAGUUCUUAGGCAGAAAUCUUGAUAGGAAGGACAAAAAGAAUGCCACAAGCUUAGAAUCUAGAUAUGAUAUGUACGGUGACAAGUUCUUGGAUUACAUUGAAGAUAUCUCCAAAGCUCCUGAGAAACUUAGUAAACAAUACCUCAGAAAGAUGGAGGUUGAUUUUAGAAAUUUUAGGAAUAUGAACUCGAAGUUUAAAUAA